AUGUCAGAAGGUAAUGACAAUCCACAAGAUCCAAGACCCGAGUUUUUUGGAAACUAUAUUAUAAAGGCUCUAAAAGUUAAGUCUGAAAAAUGGUUCAGAUUAAUGGUGACGGAAGAACAAGGCACAAAGGUCUACAACUUCUUGGAUAACCCGGAAUGCACCGUUUUAAUUAUAUUUCAGAAUAUGGCGGCACAAUUAUUUGCCAUGGACAGUUUUCCRGUUCCUCUAAAAACUAAAGCAAUUUAUUUUGUGAAAAUUGCCAAAGUUGUUGUACCUAAAGAUAAUCCAAGUUCAGUUCUUAUAAUUGGUGAUAUGGCGAGCAAGCCUAUUGAACAAUUGGCGACUAUUGUAGAUGACAUUUUUGUUCCAUUGCUUGCAAAUCCAGAAAACCAUAAAAAUUGGGCAACUGUCGUUUCGUUAGACGUUAAAGAACAUGUUCAUAGUCUGAAGAGUACUGUGUAUCAAGUUAAAGGACAAAUAAAUGGACAAACUAUUUUGCCAAUGCCGGUUGGUGUGGAACGUUUGGAUAGUAUAGAAAAAAUAGUUAAAGAAAGCGAUGGUAAAAUAGUAGAUUUACACUUUAAAUCGGCUGUUGAAGGUGUUAUUAUUAAAUGGGCAACUCAAAUAACCGAAGUAUUAAGCGCAGAUUCUGUCUCUGCAUUUAAGAGUAAUCAACACUUAACUCCUUGGGAUGAAGUGUCAUUUUGGAAUAAUCGGGUGCAAAAUUUAGAAUAUAUUUUUGAACAAUUGAGAGAUCAACGGAUAAUGAAGAUGACUACUAUCGUCCAGCUCACUAACAGUGCUUAUUAUCCAUGUUUAAAAAACAUCUACGCUAAUGUUGUUUCUGCAUUGGAAGAGGCUAAUGACAUCAUUCGCUAUUUAAAGCCGUUACAAAAGCAUUUUAAAUUAUUAGAAGAAACUGAUUUUGGUGACAUAGUUGUUUGUUUAAGUCCACUGAURCAUGUCGUUUGCUUAGUGUGGUCCAAUUCACGAUUUUACUGUAGUUCCGGCAAGAUUAUUGUUCUUUUAAAGCAAAUAUGUAAUUUGUUGAUAGCACAGGCAGUUCGAUAUUUGGACCCUACGUCAAUAUUUCAAAGUGAUAUUCACGAAACAAAAUUGAGAGUUCGUCAUUGCAUAUUUGUUUUCGAAAAGUUUAGGAAUAUAUUCAACGAUUAUCGUAAAAAAUUACCGUCAUAUUUCGAAAGUGAAGAAACUGCACUUUUGUGGACUUUCCAUCCAAAUAUUAUUUUCAACCGUACCGACUUGUUUAUUCGAAGAUUACAGAUAAUUGAAUGGUUUUUUGACACGGUUGUCGAAUUUACAAAACUGGAAAGGAUUGAAUUUAGCGGACUUAAAGGUCGAUUGCUCAGCGCUCGUAUAACUGAAAUAUAUUCAGAUUUCAAUGAGCAGUUUUCGUUGUUUUCCAGUAAAGCAUACGAUGUUCUUGAACCAGAAGACGAGCGUUUCGAAGUAGACUAUGAACAGUUUAAAGAGAGUAUCAAGGACUUAGACCAUCGUUUAGCAUUUACGCUUAGUCAGGCAUUCGAAGAUAGCUAUAAUUUAGACGGUGUUUUCAAGUUAAUUGAAAUUGUUGGUGUCGUAAUGGAUCGGUCUGGUAUGAAAGAUAUGUUUACAAAUAGUUAUAGUAAAAUUUUGAACAUGUUGUCUAACGAAGUUACAAUUUGUAAAAAUCUAUUUGAAAGCCAACAAAUCGCUAUAAGAACUCAAGGUUCAGCAGACGUUGAUAUGCUUAUGCCUCCAAUCGCUGGUUCAUUAAAAUGGUCAAAAACUCUUAAAGCUAGAAUUGAACAUCCAACUCAGUGUUUUAAAAAUCUAGAUCAUCCAAUAGUCCAAUCUAAAAGUGCUCAAUCAGUUAUAAAAGAAGUAGAUGAAUUGAUUUCUUCAUUAAAUAAAUUUGAAACAGAAUUGAUAGAUAAUUGGAAACUUACUGUAUCAAAAAGAUGUGAAGAAUUAUUAAAGUUGCCGUUAUUUAAUCGUAGAUCCAAGUGUAAUGAGUUGCAACUCAACUUUCAUCCAGAGUUGGUGGCGAUAUUAAGAGAAGUUCAUUAUUUUCGUUCAUAUGAGUUGAAUGAUAUUCCUAUUGAAGCAUUGCAAUUUCACGAAUGCGAAGAUACAUUUAGAAUAUAUUGCAUUAAUCUUAAUAAUACAAAAGAAUGUUAUAAUAAAUUGAGAAACAAUAGCCGAGAAAUUGAGUUUCAGUUGGUCCAGGAAGAAAUUCAACAAAUCGAUGAAUUAGUUAAAAAAGGCGAAUAUUCGUUAAAUUGGAAUUCMGAAGGCCUUAACGAGUACAUUGGAAGUGUUCAAGAUCUUGUUUAUAAAUUAUACCGAAGGGUACAAAAAACACAAGAAAAUAUUAAACGGAUGCGAUCGGCUAUAUCAUCGUGGGCCAGACUGCCAGUAUUAUGUCGAAAGGAUAAUAAAAAGGAUACUCUAUUGGCAAUGGACGAUCGUGUGGAACGAUUUUCCAAAAGACGAAAAGAAAUCGAAAAAGCUGCUACAGAAAUCCAUAAGCUCCUCAAAGAAAAUUGCGUAUUAUUUGGYAUGCAGGAUCAAACAAAUGUCAAGCAAUGGCAAAAUUAUAUGGCUUUUGUUGAUUCUAUUGUCGCAGAUGCUUUGUUGAAUGCUAUAGGAUGCAGUUUAUGUUAUAUAGCAGAGAAUAUGAUUCCGGGUGUAUCAAAUGCACCAUUAUUUGAGGCUUGUCUCGAGUUACAUGAACCGGAUUUGGUUUUUAUACCGUCGUUAGAUUCAAACACCGAAGGUAAUUUUUGUUCCAUCAUUCAAGGGAUAAUCGAAGAAAUAAUUGAACUUUCAAAGUUAAUGCCACGGAUUUGUGACAAAAAUAACGCUAGUGAUUACUUUGAAGAAAUGAAUUCCAAUACUGACAUUUGUGACAUGAAAGRAGAUAUUAUGAAUACUGUAACUCGAGUGAUAGCAGAGGCAAACGAUUAUUGUGUAAAUUUUGAAAAUUAUUCUUACUUAUGGUUGGAUGAUCGAGAACUUUACAUGCAACAUUUUUUACGAUAUGGACAUCCACUUUCAAUCGAAGAAUAUGAAAAUAUGUCUCUUGAUGAUACUUAUUCUCCGCCUAUUGUGAAUCCUACAAUGGAUCAAUUUAAGGAACAAAUUGACAAUUUUGAAAGUCUUUAUUGUGAAAUCGAACAGUUAAAGUCAGUUCAAGUAUUCGAUUCAUGGUUUCAAGUAGAUAUGAGACCUUUUAAGCAAGCAUUAUUGAACACUGUAUGUAAAUGGAGUCAUAUGUUUAAACAACAUUUGAUGGAUACUGUAACAAAUAGCCUUUUUGAUUUAGCCAAGUUCAUCCAAGACGCAGACGGAGGUUUAAUGCAACCAGUAAUUGAGGGUGAUUAUGAGGUUCUCGUUAGUGUUAUGGGUUAUUUAUACAAUGUAAAAGAAAGACAAUCUACAACGGACGAAAUGUUCCAACCCCUCACAGAUACAAUACAAUUGUUGAAAUAUUAUGACAUGGAACUAUCAGAAGAAGUUAACGUUCUAUUACAGGAGCUUCCUGAACUUUGGAAUAAUACUUGCAAAUUGGCGAUUAAUAUCAAACAACAAGUAGCUCCUUUGCAAGCAAUUGAAGUCAAUAAUAUACGAAACAGAAUCUCUCAUUUUGAUAGUAGAAUUAACUUUUUCAGAGAAAUUUUCAAAAAAGCUAAUAUUUUCAGGUAUGAUUGUCCUUAUCCGUAUUUUGUACUAAAUGAAGCAAACUCUAAGAUAAUGGAUUUCGAAAUGAAUAUGGCUCAGAUACAAGAAUCUGCGUCACUCUUUGAGGUGAACGUUCCAGAAUUCAAGUUACUUAAACAAUGUAGAAAAGAAUUGAAAUUGUUGAAGCAACUUUGGGAUUAUGUUCAUUUAGUUCAUUCGUGCAUAAACGAUUGGAAAACUACGCCUUGGCGUAAAGUGGAUGUUGAAAACAUGGACAUAGAAUGUAAAAAGUUUGCAAAAGAAAUUAGAGCGUUGGAUAAAGAGAUGCGAUCGUGGGACACCUAUACGUGUUUAGAAGCUACAGUGAAGAAUAUGGUAACAUCUCUGAGGGCUGUUGGUGAACUGCAAAACCCGGCGAUUCGCGAACGUCAUUGGAAACAACUCAUGGGCUCUACAAAAACUUUAGCUGGUUUACCUGAAGCGUAUGAUGUUAAGUUUGUUAUGGAUCAAGGUACUACCUUAGCUGAGUUAUUAGCAUUAAACUUGCACGAAUGUGAAGACGAUGUAAAGACUAUAGUUGACAAAGCUGUAAAAGAAAUGUCUAUGGAAAAAAUGUUACGUGAGCUUCAAACUACUUGGGCCGCAAUGGAAUUUUAUCAAGAAACUCACAGCCGUACAGGAUGCAGUUUGUUAAGAGCAAGUGAAAAGUUAAUUGAAACGCUAGAAGAAAACCAAGUACAAUUACAGAAUUUAAUGACUUCCAAGUUCGUGGCAUUUUUCUUGGAAGAAGUUUCUAGUUGGCAGCAAAAGUUAAGUAUAGCUGAUCAAGUUAUAAAUUCGUGGUUCGAAGUGCAACGCACGUGGAUGCAUUUAGAAUCAAUAUUCAUGAGUUCAGAUGAUAUUCGCAAACAAUUACCAGAAGAUUCAGAAAGAUUUUUCCGUAUCGACUCUGAAUUUAAAGAAUUAAUGGCUAACAUGUCUAAGACACCCAUAGUGAUCGAAGCUACAAAUAAACCCGGUUUAAUCAAACAUUUGGACGAUCUGCACGGUCAUUUGACCUUAUGUGAAAAAGCUCUGGCGGAAUAUUUAGAAACAAAACGCUUAGCUUUUCCGAGAUUCUAUUUUGUGUCCGCUGCCGAUCUCUUAGACAUAUUGUCUAAUGGAAAUAAUCCAGAUUUAGUUGUUAGACAUAUGAUAAAAUUAUUUGACUCAUUAGCAUCACUUGAAUUUAUCGACUUGAAAACAACUGAAAAGAAAGUAGCAGCAGGAAUGCACGCCAAGGAUGGCGAAUACGUAAAAUUUAACAAGGACUGCGACUGUAGUGGACCAGUAGAAAAAUGGCUCAACAAGAUACAAGCAAUGAUGCGUGAAACGAUUAGGCAUAAUUUUUUAGAAAGUACCUUAUCCUAUGAAGAGAAACCAAGAGAACAGUGGUUGUUUGAUUAUCCUGCUCAAGUAUCGUUGUGUGGUACUCAGAUUUGGUGGACUACGGAAGUAAACAUAGCAUUUGCUAGGCUUGAAGAAGGCUACGAAAACGCCCUCAAAGACUAUCAAAGAAAACAAAUUUCUCAACUGAACACGCUGAUAUCAUUAUUAUUGGGAGAAUUGACCAGACAAGACAGACAAAAAAUAAUGACAAUUUGUACGAUUGAUGUGCAUUCUAGAGACGUCGUAGGUAGAUUAAUACAAUCAAARAUUGAAAACGUUCUUGCGUUUCAGUGGCAAUCACAACUCAGACACAGGUGGGACGAAAAGGAAAAAGAUUGYUUCGCUAAUAUCUGUGAUGCACAAUUUCGAUACAGUCAUGAAUAUUUAGGAAAUACACCGCGUUUAGUAAUUACUCCGUUAACAGACAGAUGUUACAUAACCCUAACGCAAUCAUUACAUUUGGUAAUGGGUGGAGGACCUGCCGGACCCGCUGGAACGGGAAAAACAGAGACAACUAAAGAUCUCGGUCGCGCUCUCGGCGUCAUGGUUUACGUGUUCAAUUGUUCAGAGCAAAUGGAUUACAAGUCGUGUGGCAACAUUUAUAAAGGAUUGGCUCAGACAGGGGCCUGGGGUUGUUUUGACGAGUUCAACAGAAUAUCUGUUGAAGUAUUAUCAGUGGUCGCUGUCCAAGUAAAAUCUAUUCAGGAUGCAAUUCGAGAAAAAGCACACACGUUUAAUUUUAUGGGAGAAAAAAUAAGUUUGAUUCCGUCUGUUGGAAUUUUUAUAACGAUGAAUCCUGGUUAUGCUGGUAGAACAGAGUUACCAGAAAAUUUAAAAGCUCUAUUUAGGCCGUGCGCCAUGGUAGUACCAGAUUUUGAACUAAUCUGUGAAAUAAUGUUGGUUGCCGAAGGAUUUCAAGAAGCAAAAGUUCUUGCUAGGAAAUUUAUAACAUUGUAUACGCUGUGUAAAGAGCUGCUUUCCAAGCAGGAUCAUUAUGACUGGGGAUUAAGGGCCAUCAAGUCUGUGUUAGUUGUAGCUGGUUCUUUGAAGAGAGGUGAUCCCGGACGUAUCGAAGAAGAAGUGUUGAUGAGGGCUUUAAGAGAUUUCAACAUACCAAAAAUUAUUAGUGACGACGUUCCAGUAUUUAUGGGACUUAUUGGGGAUUUGUUUCCAUCGCUGGACGUACCGCGUAAAAGGGACCAGGAUUUUGAAAAGACUGUCAAACAAGCGGCCGUUGAUUUACUGUUGCAACCCGAAGAAAAUUUCAUACUCAAAGUUGUACAGUUAGAAGAGCUUUUGGAAGUUCGUCAUUCUGUAUUUGUUGUCGGAAAUGCGGGCACUGGAAAAACUGAAGUUUGGAAAACGCUAUUUAGAACAUAUCAAAACAUAAAACGAAAACCGAUUUACAACGAUUUGAACCCAAAAGCAGUAACUAAUGAUGAACUAUUCGGUGUCAUCAACCCUGCUACCCGCGAGUGGAAAGACGGUUUAUUUUCUGUUAUAAUGAGAGAACAAGCAAACAUCCCGAACAGCUUUCCUAAAUGGAUUUUAUUGGAUGGCGAUAUUGAUCCAAUGUGGAUUGAAUCACUGAACACUGUGAUGGACGACAACAAGGUUUUAACGUUAGCCAGCAAUGAACGUAUUGCCUUAACUCCUUCGAUGAGACUCAUUUUUGAAAUAUCCAACUUACGGACUGCUACACCAGCCACCGUAUCCCGCGCGGGUAUUUUAUACUUAAAUCCACAAGACUUGGGAUGGAAUCCGUAUGUGACGAGUUGGAUCGAGACUAGAGAGUACGCUGUGGAGAAGAGUAACCUCGUAAUCUUGUUCGACAAAUAUAUACCACCAUGUCUGGAAAACAUUCGUAACAGGUUCAAAAAAAUCAUACCAAUUACGGAAAUGUCACAUAUACAAAUGUUGUGUCAUUUGCUCGAGUGCAUUUUAGUGCCAGCGAAUACACCAACAGACUGUCCGAAAGAAUGGUACGAACUAUACUUCACGUUUGUAUGCAUAUGGUCAUUCGGAGCGGCUAUAUACCAAGAACAGGUAGUCGAUUACAAGGUUGAGUUUUCCAAAUGGUGGGUAGCCGAAUUCAAAACCAUUAAAUAUCCAUCCCAGGGCACUGUAUUCGAUUACUACAUCGACACGGAAACCAAGGAGUUCCUACCAUGGACUCACGUCAUCCCAAAAUUUGAACUGGACUCGGACAUGCCCCUGCAGAGCGUUUUGGUCCACACGCCGGAAUCGAUAAGGACCCGAUUUUUUGUGGACCUUCUUAUGGACCACAAACACCCAGUGAUGCUAGUCGGGAGCGCAGGCUGCGGAAAAACAGUAUUGAUGAAUGAAAAACUGGCCAGUCUUUCGGAAAAUUAUGCAGUGACCAAUAUACCGUUCAACUACUAUACGACUUCGGAGAUGUUGCAAAAAAUACUCGAAAAACCACUAGAAAAAAAAGCUGGCCGAAAUUAUGGACCACCGGGGAAUAAAACACUCAUAUACUUUAUAGAUGACAUGAAUAUGCCUGAAGUAGAUUGCUACGGAACUGUUCAACCACACACUCUGAUACGACAACAUUUGGACUACGGCCACUGGUACGACAGAACUAAACUGUCAUUAAAAGACAUUCACAACUGUCAGUAUGUGUCCUGCAUGAAUCCAACUGCAGGAAGUUUUACUAUCAAUCCUCGAUUACAGCGGCAUUUUUGUGUCAUCGCUGUGAGUUUUCCAGGGUCGGAGUCGUUGACGAUGAUUUAUGCUUCAAUUUUAAAUCAACAUUUUGGGAAUUUCGAAUAUCGAAUCCCACAAGUCGCCUCCAAACUAGCUGAUAACGUAAUCGAAGCUACCAUUUGGUUACACAACAAAGUUAAUUCAGUUUUCCUACCAACCGCCACUAAGUUUCAUUACAUAUUCAAUUUGAGAGAUUUAUCAAAUGUUUUUCAAGGUCUGCUGUUCAGUACUGGAGAAUGUUUGAACUGCACUGCAGAUCUAAUGCGACUGUGGAUGCACGAAUGCCAAAGAGUAUACUCAGAUAAACUAGUUGAUGACAAAGAUUCAGAUGCUUUUACUAAAAUACAGACUGAUGCAUUGAAAAAAUUCUUUGAUGAAAUCGAUGAAUGUGCAGUUUUUGAAAAACCAAAUAUUUAUUGCCAUUUUGCUCAAGGUAUUGGUGAACCUAAGUAUUCAUCGGUUAGAAAUUGGACUAAUCUUACAAAAUUACUGGACGAAGCUCUAAAUUUAUACAAUGAUUUGGUCGCAGCCAUGAAUUUAGUGUUAUUCGAAGACGCUAUGAUGCACAUUUGCAGAAUAAACCGAAUAUUGGAAUCACCAAGGGGCAGCUGUUUAUUGGUAGGAGUCGGAGGUAGUGGAAAACAGUGUUUAGCGCGUUUGGCGGCGUUUAUUUCCAGCUUGGAGGUAGCUCAAAUACAACUACGCAAAGGCUACGGGCUUUUGGAUCUCAAAAUGGAAUUAUCCAGUUUGUAUUUGAAGUCGGGCUUAAAAAACGUAGGAAUCGUGUUUUUGAUGACGGACGCUCAAGUACCGUCGGAAUCGUUUCUAGUUCUGAUCAACGACAUGCUUUCGACGGGUGAAAUCCCAGAACUAUUUCCCGACGAUGAGGUUGAAAAUAUUAUAGCCGGCGUUCGCAACGAAGUCAAGGGCGCGGGACAGUUGGACACGCGUGAAAAUUGUUGGAAGUUUUUCAUCGAUCGGGUUAGACGACAGUUAAAAGUCGUCCUGUGCUUCUCACCGGUCGGAUCGGUGUUAAGGGUUCGUUCCAGAAAAUUUCCUGCACUGGUAAACUGCACGUCCAUUAAUUGGUUUCAUGAGUGGCCCCAACAAGCGCUCAUGUCUGUGUCCAAUCAGUUUUUAUCGGAGCUUGAAGUGCUACCCGAAAACUUCAGAGAAUCAGUGGCCAAGUUCAUGGGUUACGCGCACACGCAGGUCAACAUCAUAUCGCGAAUAUAUUUACAGAGCGACCGCCGGUACAAUUACACCACGCCAAAAUCGUUUUUGGAACAAAUAUCGCUUUACUCCAAGUUACUAAGGCGAAAGUCAGCUGAGUUGGCAAGCAAAAUUGAUCGGCUUGAAAAUGGGUUGGAAAAACUGAAAAGUACUGCGAAUCAAGUGGAUAAUUUAAAAGAAAAAUUAGCAAUUCAAGAAGUUGAAUUAAAAAUUAAAAACGAUGCAGCCGACAAACUCAUUCAAAUAGUUGGUAUUGAAACCGAAAAAGUAUCAAAAGAAAAAGCAUUUGCCGAUGACGAGGAAAAAAAAGUUGGUUCAAUAGCAGAAGAAGUGAAGAAAAAACAACGGGAUUGCGAAGAAGAUCUCGUAAAGGCUGAACCAGCACUGCUCGCUGCUCAAGAAGCUUUAAAUACAUUGAACAAGUCAAAUUUAACAGAAUUGAAAUCAUUUGGAUCACCUCCCGGUGUUGUUACAAAUGUAACGGCUGCUGUGAUGGUGUUACUGGCACAAAACGGUAAAAUACCCAAAGACCGUAGUUGGAAAGCUACUAAAAUUAUGAUGGCUAAAGUGGACAGCUUCCUUGAUUUACUCAUAAACUAUGACAAAGAGAACAUUCAUCCCGAAGUAACUAAAGCUAUUAAACCAUACUUAAAAGAUCCAGAGUUUGAGCCAGAAUUUGUAAGAUCAAAGUCAGCCGCAGCUGCUGGUCUCUGUGCUUGGGUAAUAAACAUAAUAAAGUUUUACGAAGUAUAUUGUGACGUGGAACCAAAACGAUUAGCCUUAGCUCAAGCCAAUAUGGAACUCGCUCAGGCCCAAGACAAGUUAGCUGUUAUAAAGAAAAAAGUCGCUUCCUUAGAAGAACAACUUUCCAAAUUGACGGCUGACUUUGAGCAGGCCACAUCCGAAAAAUUACACUGUCAACAAGAAGCUGAUGCGACUAAUAAGACGAUCGAAUUAGCGAACAGACUGAUUGGAGGCUUGGGGUCGGAAAAUGUCCGUUGGGCAGAAGCUGUAGCUUGUUUUAUGCAACAAAGUACCACUUUGCCGGGAGACGUUCUGCUCAUUACAGCGUUCAUAUCAUAUGUCGGAUGCUUUACUAAACAUUAUAGACAAGAACUGCUACACAAAAUAUGGACGCCAUUCGUAAAAACCUUAGAUCCUGCUGUACCAAUAACCGAAGGGUUAGAUCCGUUGACUUUAUUGACUGAUGACACUCAAGUAGCAAUUUGGAAUAAUGAAGGAUUACCCAGUGAUCGUAUGUCAACAGAAAAUGCAACCAUAUUAACAAAUUCUGAUCGUUGGCCGUUAAUGAUUGAUCCACAAUUACAAGGUGUUAAAUGGAUCAAACAAAAGUACGGAGAAAGUUUAGUUGUCUUGCGCUUAGGACAAAAAGGUUCAAUGGAAGAGUUAGAAAAAAGUAUAACAACCGGGAGAAUUGUUUUGCUCGAAAAUAUUGAAGAAAAUUUAGAUCCAGUUUUAGACCCUUUGUUAGGUCGUAAUCUCAUAAAAAAAGGAAAAGCCAUUAAGAUGGGAGAUAAAGAAGUUGAAUACAAUCAAGAGUUUCGGCUUUUACUCCAUACAAAACUAGCUAAUCCACAUUAUAAACCCGAAAUGCAAGCCCAAACGACUUUGAUAAAUUUUACUGUGACGAGAGAUGGUUUAGAAGAUCAGUUACUUGCUGAAGUUGUAAAAGCCGAAAGACCUGACUUGGAACAACUUAAGGCUGAAUUGACUAAGCAACAAAAUGAUUUCAAAAUCAUGUUGAAAAAAUUAGAAGACGAUUUGCUCUCACGUUUGUCCUCUGCAGGAGACAACAUAUUAAGUGACACCGCAUUGGUUGAAAAUUUGGAAACGACUAAACGGACUGCUGCAGAGAUACAACAGAAAGUGGCCGAGGCAAAAAUCACGUCGGAAAAAAUUGACGAAGCCAGAGAACAUUAUAGACCGGCAGCUGCGAGGGCUAGUCUGUUGUAUUUCAUACUCAACGAACUGAAUACGAUCAAUCUGGUCUAUCAAUUCUCGCUUAAGGCUUUCAGCGUAGUGUUUAACAAUGCCAUUGAAAAAUCAGUACCGGCAGACACCGUGUCGCUGAGAGUGAACAACUUGAUCGACUGUAUAACUUACUUUGUCUUCGUGUACACUUCUAGAGGGCUGUUCGAAUGCGACAAACUGAUAUUUGCGUCACAGAUGACAUUCCAAAUAUUAUUAAUGAGUGAAGAAAUAGCUCCACAAGAAUUAGAUUUCUUUUUGAGAUUCCCAACAGCUCAGCAUAUUAGUAGUCCAGUAGAAUUUUUGUCCAAUUCAAGUUGGUCAGGCGUUAGAAGUUUGUCGACAAAAGACGAAUUCAGAAAUUUAGACCGUGAUAUCGAAACAUCAUCAAAAAGAUGGAAAAAAUUUGUUGAGUCGGAUUGUCCAGAACGCGAAAAGUUCCCUCAAGAAUGGAAAAAUAAAGUUUCGUUACAAAGACUCAUGAUGAUGAGGGCAUUACGACCAGACCGAAUGACUUAUGCUAUGUCGGUAUUUAUUGAAGAAAAACUUGGUUCAAAGUAUGUAGAAGGUAGAAGCGUGGAAUUUGCAAAGUCAUUUGAAGAAACUAGUCCAACGACUCCGAUAUUUUUUAUUCUUUCCCCAGGAGUAAAUCCAUUAAAAAAUAUACAUUUAGUGAAAAAGUGGCUGCCGACGCUUGAAAAGAAAAUGGAACUACUCGGAGACACUGCUCAUCCAAGCUAUAGACUAUUUUUAAGUGCUGAACCGGCAGCUACGGCAUCGGCACACAUUAUUCCACAAGGMAUUUUGGAAUCGUGUAUCAAAAUUACGAACGAACCGCCUACAGGUAUGCAAGCAAAUUUGCACAAGGCGCUAGAAAAUUUCAAUCAAGAAACACUGGAGAUGUCAUCCAAAGAAGCCGAGUUCAAAGCGAUCCUAUUUUCACUUUGUUAUUUCCACGCCGUAGUCGCCGAACGUAGAAAAUUCGGUGCGCAAGGGUGGAACAAGAUCUAUCCGUUUAACGUCGGUGACUUAAAUAUAAGCGUCAGCGUGCUGUUUAACUAUUUAGAAGCAAAUAACAAAGUUCCAUGGGAAGAUCUACGGUAUUUAUUUGGAGAAAUCAUGUACGGAGGCCAUAUAACAGACGAUUGGGAUAGAAAAUUGUGUAUAUCAUAUUUGGAGGAACUGAUGCAGCCUGACCUGAUCGACGGUGAUCUUCACCUCGCUCCGGGUUUCCCCGCACCACCUAACACAGAUUAUCAAGGUUAUCACAACUACAUCGACGAAGUCUUACCUGCCGAGAACCCUGUGCUAUACGGCUUGCACCCUAACGCUGAAAUUGGAUUCAUGAGUACAACUUCCGAGAAUUUGUUUCGCACAGUAUUCGAAAUGCAGCCACGGGAAGCUGGUGCGAUCGGAGGUACGAACGUUACUAGAGAAGACAAGGUUAAACAGAUUGUCGACGAAACGUUAGAAAAAUUACCUGAAGAAUUCAACAUAACUGAGAUGAUGGGUAAAGUCGAAGAAAGGACACCUUAUGUGAUUGUAGCCUUUCAAGAGUGUCAACGGAUGAAUUUCUUAACUAGCGAAAUGAAACGGUCUCUGAAAGAACUAGAACUUGGACUUAAGGGUGAAUUAACCAUUACUUCGGACAUGGAAAACUUGGAAAACGCCUUAUUCUUGGACCAGAUCCCUUUGGUAUGGACGAAUCGAGCUUAUCCGUCUUUGCUAGGUCUUGGAGCAUGGUUUUCCGAUCUUCUACUACGUAUUAGAGAGUUGGAAACAUGGACCACUGAUUUUGUCGUUCCCACAUCAGUUUGGCUUUCUGGAUUUUUCAAUCCACAAUCGUUUUUGACGGCGAUUAUGCAGAGCACAGCGAGGAAACACGAAUUGCCUCUCGACAAAAUGUGUCUCCAGUGUGAUGUGACGAAAAAGCACAAAGAAGAGUUUAGUGGAGCCGCCAGAGACGGAGCUUACAUUCAUGGGCUUUUCAUGGAAGGCGCCCGAUGGGAUGUAAUGCAAGGAGUCAUAAUGGAAUCUAAACUCAAAGAGUUAUUCCCUCAAAUGCCGGUGAUUAAUGUCCGAGCGAUUACACAGGACAAACAAGAUUCACGGAACGUUUACGAGUGUCCUGUGUACAAGACUAGAACGAGAGGGCCGACGUAUGUGUGGACUUUUAGUCUUAAAAGCAAAGAUAAAUCAUCCAAAUGGACAUUAGCCGGUGUCGCACUUUUGUUACAAUUAUAAGUUAAGUUAUACCAACAUCUAUUUCGUUUAAUAUUAUAUUAAAGCCAUAGAUUAUCACUUGAAACUUAUUAUAUCACGAACUUGUUAUCUACACUUAAAAUAUUAUUUUUACUAUUAUUAUUUUUGUUAAAACCUGAUCGUGUUAAAAAUAUUCAUGUUUAGA